UCUCAAACAGAAAACGCCAGUUUUGCUGUCUCUGUCUGGAUAUUUAAGAAGUGGAGCAAGGGAUUCAAUCGACUAUCCUUCCUGCUCAGACUGUGGAGAGGGAUUCAAUUGAUCAUUUGACCAAAUAGCAAGCCAGUCAUCUUACACAGGAGAAAGGCUGUUCACCCGCUCAGACAGUGGGAAUAGAUUCACUCAGUUAUCACAAUUGAAGGUACAUCAGCAAGUUCACACUGGGCAAGGCCAUUCAUCUGUUCUGUGUGUGAGAAAGGAUUCAGUUGGACCUGUGGACACACCAGUCAGUUCACACCACACCUGGUAGAGGCUGGUGAUCUGCUGAAUUUCUGGGAAAGGAUUCACUCAGUCAUUUGACCUUAUGGCUCACCAGCGAGUUCACACUGGGGAGAAGCCAUUCACCUGUUCAGUCUGUGGGAAGGGAUUCACUCAGUCAUCCAACCUACGGAGUCCCCAGCGAGUUCACACUGGGGAGAGGCCGUUCACCUGUUCAGAAUGUGAGAAGAGAUUCACUCAGUCAUCCAACCUACGGAGUCCCCAGCGAGUUCACACUGGAGAGAGGCGCUUCACCUGCUCAGUCUGUGGGAAGAGAUUCACUCGGUCAUCCAACCUACUGGUACAUCAGCGAGUUCACACUGGGGAGAAGCCAUUCACCUGCUCAGAAUGUGGGAAAGGAUUCAGUGAUUUAUCCAACCUACUGGUACAUCAGCGAGUUCACACUGGGGAGAAGCCAUUCACCUGCUCAGAAUGUGGGAAAGGAUUCAGUGCUUUAUCCAGCCAACUGAGACAUCAGCGAGUUCACACUGGGGAGAAGCCAUUCACAUGCUCAGAAUGUGGGAAAGGAUUCAGUGAGUUAUCCACCCUACUGGUACAUCAGCGAAUUCACACUGGGGAGAAGCCGUUCACCUGCUCAGUCUGUGGGAAGGGAUUCACUCAGUCAUCCCACCUACAGAGUCACCAGCGAGCUCACACUGGGGAGAGGCCAUUCACCUGCUCAGAAUGUGGGAAGAGAUUCACUGAGUUAUCCACCCUACAGAGUCAUCAGCGAGCUCACACUGGGGAGAAGCCGUUCAUCUGCUCAGAAUGUGGGAAGAGAUUCACUCAAUCAUCCCAACUACAGAGACACCAGCGAGCUCACACUGGGGAGAGGCCAUUCACCUGCUCAGAAUGUGGGAAGGGAUUCACUCAGUCAUCCUACCUACUGAGACAUGAGAGAGCUCACACCGGUGAAAAGCCGUUCAAUUGCACAGAAUGUGGGAAACGGUUCACUCUGUCAUCCAACCUUCUGAAACACCAGCGAGUUCACACUGGGGAGAAGCCGUUCCUCUGCUCAGAAUGUGGGAAGAGAUUCACUCGCUCAUCCGACCUGCAGAAUCAUCAGCGAGUUCACACUGGAGAGAAGCCAUUCCCCUGCUCAGAAUGUGGGAAGAGAUUCAGUCACUCAUCCACCCUACUGGUACAUCAGCGAGUUCACACUGGGGAGAAGCCGUUCAUCUGCUUAGUCUGUGGGAAGAGAUUCACUGAGUCAUCCAGAUUGCUGGAACAUCAGCGAGCUCACACUGGAGAGAGGCCAUUCACCUGCUCAAAAUGUGGGAAGAGAUUCACUCGCUCUUCCACACUACAGAGACAUCAGCGAGUUCACACUGGAGAGGAGCCAUUUACCUGCUGAGAAUGUGGGAAAGGAUUCACUCAGUCAUCCCAACUACUGGCACACCAGUCAGUUGUUAUGAAUCCCUAGGUUUUGUUUGCUGUGGACUGUCAUUUUAAGAGAGAGAGAUUAGGAAGGUGAAUCAGUCUGACUUGCAGCUUGUUUACAUCACUCACAGCUUGUUUAGUUUUAACUGAGGACACAGACACUCAGAGUCAGACGGAGAUGAAGGAGGAAAAAUGGAAAGAUCGAUACAAGGGAAAUAGGUGCCAAGGGUCACUGUUUGGAAUUUUCCUAUGCCCACAAGUGUGGGUUAAUUAUCGAUUCAUCAUACAUCGAAUGUGUGGUUGUCACCUCGUUUGAUCCAUAGGAGCGGAUCUGAUUUGGGGUAUCCUGUGAAGACCACUGAUGUGUUACCCCUUGCCUGGGUGUGGUGUGGUAAUUCACUUGAAGACAAUAUGCCUUGUGACAAGUCACUUUGGGUGAUAAUUAGUAUGUGGAUUUGGAAGGAUGACAGAUAAAAUCUACAGUGACUGUUCUCUUGUUUUACCACCAUGGAACCUGCGGAAUUCGACAUAAUUGCCUUCUAUCGACAUUUACCCUGGAUUACAAAUAUCUCUCUCAUCAGUUAUUCCGUGGUUGAACUGAACUUUCAUAAUUUACCAUCUGAAGACUCCAAGCCUUGUUUCCCCCUAGCUCAAUAGUUUUGGAUUUAUAUUUACACACAUAUAUACACAUAACACUGUUAACUUUUGUUUAUCUUGCUUAAGUUACUAUAUUAUAAGUAGAUUCUAAUAAAGAUAGUUUUAAGAUCAAAAACAGACUCCUGGUGUAGUCUCCACGAGGAAAUCUGCAGAUGCUGGAAAUUCAAACACAUACAAAAUGCUGGUGGAGCACAG